AUGUAUUUAUUCACUAUUCUUUCGGCACUGAUUUGCAUACAAUUGAUAACAAUAGCAUCAACUAAUGCAAUUGAUAUGAGUUCAAAUGAUCAAGUAAAACUUCUUCAUCAAUUAGAAACAUCAUUUGAUCCUGAUGAUAUAUCGACGAACAAUAGUGAAAGUGAUGAAGAAAAUAAUUAUAAUCGUCGUGCAGCAUCAUUUUUAAGAUUUGGUAGACAAAUAGCACCAUCAUCAGGAUCAUUUCUUCGUUUUGGCCGCUCAAAUCCUUCGUUUUCACGUCUUAAUCGUGCCAGCCAUAAGGGAGGAGCAUUUCUUCGUUUUGGCCGACGUGGUCAACAAUCAAAUCCAAACAAUUUUCUUCGUUUGAAUCGGAAAGGUGACUUUUUACGAUUUGGAUAA